CUGCCGCCCUCGGUGACGGCACGGGGAUGUAGCGCGCGGUGCGGGCGGAAGCGGGCGGGAUGAUGGCGGCGGAUCAGCGGGGCUCCAGCAAAUGGCUCUUCACCCGAGAACAGCUCGAAAACACGCCGUCCCGCCGCUGCGGAGUCGAGCCCGACCGCGAGCUUUCGUACCGACAGCAAGCCGCCAACCUAAUCCAGGACAUGGGCCAGAGAUUAAACGUAUCCCAGCUCACGAUUAACACAGCAAUCGUCUAUAUGCACCGGUUUUACAUGCUUAAUUCCUUUACAAAGUUCCAUAGAAAUAUCAUUUAUCCCACCACACUAUUUCUGGCUGCUAAAGUGGAGGAGCAACCAAGGAAACUUGAACACGUUAUUAAAGUAGCACAUGCUUGCCUGAACCCUCACGACCCACCGCUGGACACCAAGAGCAAUGCGUACCUCCAGCAGGCUCAAGAGCUGGUGCUGCUGGAGGCUAUAGUGCUGCAGACACUCGGGUUUGAGAUAACAAUAGAUCAUCCACACACAGAUGUGGUGAGAUGUUCCCAGCUAGUGCGAGCGAGCAAGGACUUGGCCCAGACCUCCUAUUUCAUGGCUACCAACAGUCUGCACCUGACUACCUUCUGCCUGCAGCACAAACCCACAGUGGUGGCAUGUGUCUGUAUUCACCUGGCCUGCAAGUGGUCCAAUUGGGAGAUUCCUGUCUCUUCAAAUGGGAAACACUGGUGGGAAUAUGUAGACCGAGCUGUGACUCUGCAGCUGCUUGAUGACCUGACUCACGAGUUUCUCCAGAUCUUGGAAAAAACACCAAGCAGAUUAAAAAGAAUCAGAAACUGGCGGGCCAAUCAAGCUGCCAAGAAACCAAAACUCGACAACCAAUCUUUAGACGGUUCCUUCCAGACAACUCUGAGCCAGGACAGUUCAUUGAUGGGGAGCAUGUGUGACAUCAGAGGGGACAUGUAUUCUGAACCAUCCACCUCUUUCCCAUUGGAUGGGGCAUCGAUGUCACUCAACGGCCUGUCGGACCUGCAGAGUUCUGCUUUCAGCUUUCCUGCACCAAUUUCCCAGAGCACAGACGUAUUUCUCGCGCUCCAGGGGGCGCAGGCGAGCAAAAACGGACAUGCCUCAGCAACUCUCGCCUCUCAGAAACUCACUCUAGAGAAAUACCGUGAAAAACACGCGGCCGAAUUAGAGCAAAGACGCAGACACGAAGAGGAGGAAAGCGACCAGCAUCGAAAACACGGACAUUUAUCGUCCGAACCGUCUUCGUCAAUCAGGGUAAAGUAUUCCCAACAGCAGGUACAGGAACGAUCGUUAAAGAGCGGGUCACUAAAACGGCGCCACCCUUCCUCAUUGGAAAACGGUUCUGCUAGUCAAGAAGAGCUGAAAAUGAAGAUCAAGGUUUUGUCUGAAAGUAGCAGCAGCGGUAAGAGCCGUCAUAGUCCUCGCUCGAGCCGUGAGAAACAUCGUGAACAUUCAUCGCACAAAAUGGCGAGACACGACUCGUCACACUCGCACAGUAGCCACCACCAUUCAUCCAAAUCUCACCGAUCUUCCAAGAGCCACUCCUCCUCUGCCUCCGUAUCUAUCAAUCAACCUAUAGGCCACGCCCAGUUGGCAAAGAUUGACAGGAGGCUGGGGGAGGGGCAGAGUUCUGAGCCCAAUGCUGCUUUAAUAAAUAACGGUCCACACAUGGAUUAUGAAGACACUUUUAAUAUGCUUGAUUCCCUAUUAAAUGCACACAACUUCUAAACUAGCGGAAAAACACGUUUUUACGUAAAACCUAAAAAAAAACGUACGAUUUUUGUUCUUGAGCUAAUUUUAUGCAAGAAUCACUCAUCCGUUACAUGUCAUAGUGUCUCUUUGAUUUAAUCAUGUUUUAUCACUGAAUUUAAAGAAAAAACUACAAAGUGAAGGUUUGUAAUGGUGUUUUAGUGUAAACAACAUUUGCAAAUUUACGAUUUUAAAACCUUGUUGAGUCGUACAGCUUGCUAAAGAGAUUGCGAAAUGCCUCUGGCAAUUUUAACCAGUUUUAGUUGGAAAAACGCAAUGUGAUAAAAAAGUGAAUAUUUGUAUGUUCUUCAUGCUUGAUUCACUGUUUUUUUGUUUUUCGUUUAUCAAAGGGAUGAAAAUAGAAAUGUGUGACUGUUUACAAAAUGAAGGUGCAGAUAUGUUCACUCUUAUUUGUAUCGAUAUAUCUGUCUAAUUAUAUUUCACGAAUGCUCAGGUUUGGCGUUUCCUAAAGUCGAAAAAUGUCAGCCGAAACGUAACUUCGCAAAAUUCUAGCUGAAAUUUCACAAAAAUGCCUGUACACAGAUUCCAUUAUAUCGCUUUCCAUAUAUUGUAAAUUUUAAUGUACUGUAAAGUUAUCUUUUAUGUUGUUACCCUCUUUUAGAAAACUGAACCGAUGACGACAUCAUGCCCAGGGUCCUUUGCGUAGUAACUGUUGUCUUACGAUUUUGAAGACCUUAUGCUUGUAAAUUUUUUUUUUUUGACUCUUUACAGUAGUGGAAAGCAAAAUGGCUUUUCGGCAAGAAGAAAGUGGGUAU